AUGCCCGUUACGACAUUUGAAUUCGGUGAGCUCUACAAGUAUCACAAUGGCUUUGGGAGCUAUAUAGAGACCGAAGCAGUCCCUGGUGCUCUACCCAUCGCCCAGAACUCCCCCCAGAAGCCGCCGCACGGCCUAUACGCCGAGAAGCUCUCCGGCACCGCCUUCACAGCGCCGAGACACGAGAACCAACAGUCAUGGCUAUACCGCAUCCUCCCGUCAUGUGCACACCCUCCCUUUACUCCCGCCGCAGACGGUCCAUUCAAAUCAGACAAGCCCUCUGACCCAGCGAAGCUCGAAUACAUACCGAAUCAACUACGGUGGGAUCCCUUUGAUCACGAUGACCAGACCGACUUCGUUUCCGGACUACACCUGGUGGCCGGCGCAGGCGACCCGACCCUCAAGCAGGGUAUUGGCAUGUACAUAUACGCGGCGGGGAAGUCCAUGCACGAGCACUCGGCCUUCUACUCCGCAGACGGCGACCUUCUGAUCGUAGCCCAGGAUGGUGUUCUAGAUAUCCGGACCGAGCUGGGGUGGCUCCUGGUCCGGCCAAUGGAGAUCUGCGUGAUACCACGCGGAGUCAAGUACCAGGUCCUUCUGCCGUCAGGGCCAGUCCGCGGUUACGCCCUGGAACUAUACCAGGGCCACUUCGCUCUGCCAGAACUCGGUCCCAUCGGCUCCAACUGUCUGGCCAAUGCGCGCGAUUUCCAAGCACCCGUUGCCUGCUUCAGCGAGGACCACGGCGCGACAGCAUCCGAGGGCCGCCGCACUUACACCAUCACCGUCAAGUUUAACAACUCGCUGUUCCAGACGAAGCAGGCACACACCCCCUUCGACGUUGUCGCCUGGCACGGCAACUACUACCCAUACAAGUAUGACCUUGGCCGCUUCAACACUAUUGGAUCCAUCUCCUACGACCACCCCGACCCAUCCAUAUUCACCGUGCUCACGGCGCCCUCAGAUCAUGCAGGCACCGCUGUCGCCGACUUUGUCAUCUUUCCGCCGCGCUGGCUGGUCGCCGAGGACACCUUCCGCCCUCCGUGGUACCACCGCAACACCAUGUCCGAGUUCAUGGGCCUGGUCGCCGGCGAGUACGACGCCAAGAAAGGCGGACAGGGCGGCUUCAUGCCCGGCGGUGCCAGCUUGCAUAACGUGAUGAGCGGCCACGGACCGGAUGCGAAGAGCUUCGAGGGCGCGAGCAACGCCGAGCUGAAACCGACUUUGGUGGGCAAGGGCAGCUGUGCCUUUAUGUUCGAGAGCUCUCUGAUGGUUGGCGUGACGGAAUGGGGCUUGAAGAUGUGCAAGAAGGUGCAGGAGGGCUACAAUGAAGAGAGUUGGGGUGGUGUCCAGGUUCACUGGAAGAAGCCCGAGGGCGCGACAUCGGAUGGUCGUCUGCUCUAG